AUGCCACCAAAAGUCCAGGAGAGUCCUGAAAUCGUUUUGACGCGAGCGCGCGCUAAACGAGACGACAUUCUGAAUUCCAUUAAAGGCAUUCAGGCCACUGCAUUAGAGGCACGCUCCGAUGUCAGUCGAGUACCGUCGUUAAUUAUUCAUGCCGAGGAUUUGAAUAGGCUCGUCGAACAAUUUCAAAGUCAGCGGGAUGUUAUUAUUAACGCGUUAACUGACCUCAACCGUAUUGCCGAGUUCGAACAGGUUGAUCGUCCGGUGGCUACGUCAAUGGAAUCAAUACGUCUCGAAAUAAAAACUAUCGUCGCGAGUGCUGUUCACGCGAGUGCCGUUUCCGUGAAUAUUUCUGAAAAUAAAUCGUCGCCGUCGCCGUCCAACGCCGCCGCGUCACAACAAUAUAUUUCGUUACCGAAAAUCGAGUUACCUCACUUCGACGGUGAUUUACUAGAGUGGCGGUCUUAUCGCGAUAUAUUUGUGUCCCUCGUACACGAUAACGCUCUCAUCGGCGACGCGCAACGUUUCCAUUUUUUACUGGCUAGUUUAAAGGGAGACGCGUUAACCGUUGUGAAAUCAAUACCGCUGUCUGCGGAUAAUUACGCUCUCGCGUGGGAAGCAUUGUCCGAUCGUUUUGACAACAAGCGUCUUUUAGCUUCCGCACAUUUAGACAAACUUUUCGCUUUCAAGCCAAUCGCACACGAGUCGUUACCAGCUCUGUCGUUAUUCGUCAAUACAUUUAAAAAAAAUGUGUCGUUAAUUAAGUCCCUCGGUGUCAACGACCUCGCCAGUUUUCUGCUGUUUCACAUGGGUUCUCGGGUUCUUGACUCAACCACAAUGCAGUUGUUUGAAUCCAGUACGUCUCCGUCGAAUAUUCCGACGUUCGACGAGUUAAUACAAUUUGUACAACAACGGUGCCGAGUAUUAGAAAAUAUUAAAAAGCCCAGUAAACCUGACAUUGUCGGAAAACCGCACGAAAAGUAUAAUGCGCGUAAUAAAGUCGUACCGAAUAAAUCAGUGUUCGCCGCUACUACGUCUACCUCGAUUAAACUUAAGUCUAGGGAUUGUUUAUGUUGUGAUAAGUCGGAUCAUAGAAUAUAUCAAUGCCCAAAGCUCACCGGAAUGUCUGUCGAUAAACGACGAGAAACUGUGUUAGCCCGUAAAUUGUGUUUCGCAUGUUUGAGUCCGGGUCAUAUGGUCAAUACGUGUUCGUCAACCAAGGGUUGCUUUUCGUGCAAAAGUAAGCGUCAUCACUCCCUGCUACAUCUUGAUAACAAUCAGUCAUCGGCCGCGAGCAAAGCUAUUCAGAGUACCAGUUCAGGUCCCUCCGCUGACAAGCCCAGCUCAUUUUCGGGUGCAGCGUGCACCAACUCCACGGUUGUCCUCGGUACGGCCAUAGUACACAUUAAGGACGCCUGGGACCAAACACAUUCAGUUCGAGUGCUUCUCGACAGUGGUUCUCAAAUUUCGGCCAUGACAAGUGAUUGCUUCGCUCGGUUAGGCCUGUCUAAACGUCGUUUUAAAACCGAUAUCGUCGGUCUCGCGCAAAGUCCCGUGAAUCACGUACAAGGCGUAACCAGUUGUCGAUUUUCGUCGCAUUUUGAACCUCAGUUAUUCCCGUCAGUCGAUUUAGUAAUUCUUACGCAAAUCACUACCGCCAUGCCGUCUACGCGGUUACCAGCGAGCGUACGUUCUAAGUACCAACACCUCUGUCUCGCCGACAACAAUUUCGAUGUUCCGUCGCGCGUCGACGUCCUAUUCGGCGCCGACAUAUUACCCAGUCUUGUUCGCGCACAUGCCGGCGUCGAGCAUCAUCCCGGCCUUCCAUCAGCAUUGGACACUCAACUCGGUUGGAUAGUUUUUGGAUCAUUCACUACACCGAACUCGUCAUCCUUAUCCGCGUUGACCACUGCCGUAAGUCCGCCGUCGAUUGGGGAUUUAUUACAGAAGUUUUGGCUGGUCGAAGAACCCGCCGUACCAUCGUCGCCCACCACAGAGGACCAAUGGUGUGAAGAAUAUUUCAAGACGUCUACUUCACGUGAUACGACAGGUCGAUUUUGUGUCGCCCUACCAUUUCGACAUUUAUUCACCGACUCAGAUCAACAUCAAGACGCCGCGCCGCGUCACGGUCUCGGUGACUCGCGCUCCAUAGCGCUAAAACGAUUUUAUAAUUUAGAAAAACGGUUGAUCAAGGAUUCCGUUUUAUACGCGGCCUACCGAAAGUUCAUGUCAACAUAUCAAUCGUUAGGACACAUGGUACCAGCUCCGGCACCGGGCACAUAUUUUAUUCCGCAUCACGCCGUACUCAAGGCUGACGGUGACGUGUCCAAAAUACGCGUCGUGUUCGACGCCUCGUCCGCUUCGUCGUCCGGUCGCUCUCUCAACGACGUCUUGUGCACCGGACCGAAACUACAAGUUGACUUACGCGACAUACUACUUCGUUGCCGCAUGCAUAGGUACAUUUUAUCCGCCGACAUCGUCAAAAUGUAUCGACAAAUUUUAAUUCGUCCGGAAGAUCGGACAUUUCAACACAUAUUUUGGCGCGACUCGCCCAACGACGAACUCGUCGAAUUUCAACUAUGCACUGUCACGUACGGUCUCAACUGCGCGCCGUAUCUCGCCAUACGCUGUCUUCACGAGCUCGAUCACCAAGAAGGUCACCGCUUUCCACUAGCAAAGGACGUACUUACUCGAGCCGCCUACGUCGACGACAUCGUUGUCGGGGCUGCCACCGAAGAGCUAUUAUUACGUCGGAAAAAUGAUAUUGUUGAUCUACUACGCAGCGGCGCCUGUACAUUGAGCAAGUGGACUAGCAACAGUGCCGCCGUACUCGAAUCCGUCCCGUCCGAGGACCGAGUACAAUCUAUGUCAUUCGACCCGCGAGAGGAACACGCCGUGAAGGUUCUCGGCCUACAUUGGGACACGAAUACAGACAGCUUCGCUUACCAUACCAGCCUUCAACAAACGUCGUCCACAAAACGUCAGGUAUUGUCCAUCAUCGCGCGUUUAUUCGAUCCCAUCGGCGCGCUCGGCCCGAUGUUGUUGUGGGCAAAGUGCUUCAUGCAGUUAUUAUGGUGUACAAAACUCGGCUGGGACGACCAGAUGCCCGAUGAGUUACAAUCUAUGUGGCAACAAUUCUGCACGGAGUUGCCGCUAGUAUUCGAUUUAAACCUACCACGUCACAUUGACGUCACCUGUCGGCAGGACAUCCAGCUACUCGGCUUCGCGGACGCAUCAGUCAAAGGUUAUGCGGCCGUUAUUUACCUUCGCAUCGUCGACAGCGCCGGCAACACUUCUGUGAAAUUCAUUACCAGCAAAACCAAGGUUGCCCCCCUGAAGAGUUCUGCCGCCGACGAAUCGCUAUCCAUACCGCGCCUAGAGCUGUGCGGCGCCCUGCUACUCGCCCGCACGCUUCAUCACGUGCACUCCGUGUUGUCCAGCGAAAUUACCGUAUCUCGUGUGCGAGCGUGGUCGGACUCAUCGGUCGUUUUGUCAUGGUUGACGUCAGACCAAAAACAUUUUAAGAUUUUCGUAACCAACCGGGUUGCCAAAAUACGACAAUUAGUACCGACGUGCAGCUGGACUUACGUAUCAACGAACGACAACCCCGCGGACCCCGCAUCUCGUGGGCUCUUACCGAAGUCAAUGUUGUCCUCGCCCAUCUAUUGGACCGGUCCUGAGUUCCUACGACUUCCCGAAGACCAAUGGCCACAAUCGAAAUUUAUUCCGCUCGCCCCUGACGAGCUGCCCGAAAACCGGCCGAAUGUCAUCAUGACGUUGACCGUCAAUGUCCCACCGUCGUCAUUAGAUUUUAUUGGUCGUUUUUCGUCGCUCGAAAAAAUGUUACGAGUGUUGUCGUACGUCUCACGUUAUUUGUCUCAUCGUUUACGACGACAGCCAAUCCGUAUCGGCCCUAUCACGUUCGCCGAGCGACAAACGUCGUUAUCGAUCAUCGUACAGCGUACGCAACAACAUUAUUUUGCCGAGCUGAUCAAAAUGUUAAAAAAUCAAUCUAUCAUUUCGCCGCCGUCUAUGGCGCAGUUGGCGCCCUACGUCGACGAGAGGGGGAUCAUACGAGUCGGAGGCCGUCUGCGCUUCUCUAGUGCCGGUCAUGACGCGAAGCACCCGAUUUUAUUGCCGCGAUCCUCGCACCUCACCGAAUUGAUCAUCCGCCAUUACCAUUUGUCAUUUUUGCACGGCGGAUCAAGGCUGAUACUAUCAAUGUUAAACCAAAAAUAUUGGAUACUGUCAGGUCGCGCGGCAGUUCGACGUGCCAUUUUUUCGUGCGUUCCGUGCACACGUCAUAAGGCUGUCCGCCCUCAACCACUGAUGGCUGACCUACCGUCCUACCGAGUUCAACCUCAUCGUCCGUUCUCACACGUCGGUAUGGACUACGGAGGGCCGUUCCUCGUUAAGGAACACCGUCGUCGAAAUGCACAUUCGGUCAAGGUCUACCUCGCCUUAUUUAUUUGUAUGUCCGUCAAGGCGGUCCACCUCGAAAUCGUGUCCGAUCUCAGCACUGACGCCUUCCUCGCGGCUUUGGACCGGUUCGUCGCCCGCCGUGGGAUUCCGUCCAACCUCUACUCGGACUGUGGCACAAAUUACGUCGGCGCCGCCCGCCAGCUAAAAUUGUUAUUUCGCGACGCCAAGGCCCAAGACCGUCUCUCGUCGCACCUCAACUGCACAUGGCACUUCAACCCGCCUGCCGCGCCGCAUUUCGGUGGAAUUUGGGAAGCCGGCAUCAAGAGCGUCAAAUUUCACCUCAAACACGUCAUCGGUCAGCAGGUGUUGACGUACGAAGAAUUCUAUACGUUGACCACUCGCAUCGAGGGCAUUCUGAAUUCCCGACCGAUUACGCCGAGUUCAUCCGACCCGCACGACCUAAAUGCGUUAACGCCGGGACACUUUCUGAUCGGACAGCCGAUACACGCCGUGCCUGAACCUAACAUCACCGAAGUCAAAAUCAACCGUUUGAAUCGCUGGCAGCUCAUUCGGCAAUGCCAUCAGUCCUAUUGGAAACGGUGGUCACGCGAAUACCUAUCUACAUUGCAAGGUCGACAGAAGUGGUUCAAGUCGUUCCCAAAUCUAGUGAUCGGCGACAUGGUCAUCGUCGAAGCUCCGAGUCGACCACCAACUGAUUGGCGUCUCGGUCGCGUCACUGAAGUUCAUCCGGGAUCUGAUGACGUCGUGCGCGUUGUGUCUGUGCGUACUCAAGACGGUGUCUACAAGCGGCCCGUCGUUAAGCUUGUUCGUUUACCGAUUGAAUCCUAG